AUGAUUGAUUGCAUUGACACGCCCAUCAUGACUUACAACCAGACUUCAUUCUCCGAUAUGGAUCUUUUGGAUGGUUUUAUGAGUGAUGACUUAACGCCAUAUGUCUCUGAUUCUGCGCCGUUUAACGUGACGCCUAAUUUCUCAUCUGACCAUCUUCCCACACCCAAUGAUGCACCCAUCCCUCCACAACCAGCAAAAGUCGGGGGACGCUUUACUCGAGAGUCUGUCCGAAUCUUAAAGAAUUGGCUAGCGACACACCAAAAUCAUCCAUAUCCUCGUGAACCAGAGCGAAGAAUGCUGCAGGAGGAGACGGGACUUACAAAAACGCAGAUAUCGAAUUGGUUAGCCAAUGCAAGACGCAGAGGAAAGAUUCCGUCUAGUGCUUCUUCUCCUAGGACGAGAGCUAUGGAUAUUCCCCCGAGACCGGGGACGCCGGCUGUUAGGAAUACUUCUGAUAUGGAUCCGCUGCAGAGAUGGGUUGAUUCACCGCCUGAGGAUGAGCCGGCUGCUGUUACGGCUAUUGCGAGGGCUGUGGCUUCUGUUAAGCCGUCAUCUGUCGAGGAUCUUCUCGGCGUAGAAGACGUGCUUAUAAAGAAGAACGAAGAUCAUUGGCUACACCACAUAAAGCCUUCCAAUGCACAUUCUGCACAGAGACAUUCCGGGCAAAGCACGAUUGGCAACGACACGAGAAUUCUCUUCAUUUACCUCUGGAACGCUGGGUUUGCAGUCCUGAAGGACCACGCGGUCAAAAAGAUGACAGCUCCGAAAUUCUAUCAUCUUAAACUGGUUCACAACACUAAAUUCGCUGAGUGGCCUAUGAGACAAUGGAAAGCGCCUCCACCGGCAAUACGAUCAAGAUGUGGAUUCUGUAACCUUGUUAUGGAGAAUUGGAGUGAUCGUGUGCAUCAUUUAGCGGAACACUUUAAGGCUGGUAAGACGAUGGCUGAUUGGAAGGGUGAUUGGGGCUUUGAAGCGCAUAUUGUUGAGUUGGUUGAGAACUCGAUACCGCCUUACUUUAUCGAGACGGAGAGGAAUAGUCCUUUUCCUUUUGAAGGAAGUAGAGCACUCGUCGAAACGCCUCGAACAGCAUACGAAUUACUUAAACUGGAACUCGCAUAUUUCAUGCAGAAUCAUUUUUAUCAACACGCCAGAAUGCCAACAGGAGACGAAAUGCAACUCGAAGCAUGUCGAAUUCUCUUUGCAUCUGAACCAUUGUCGCAAACAAAUUUCAUAUGCUGCUCAUGGCUCCGCGAUUUGGUGUUCUCGAAUGCAGAAAUUUCUCAACGCGCUCAAUUCGGUCCUAUGAGAACAAACGCAGAAUCCCGUCUCUCUUCAAUGGAAAUCAGUGGCAAGAACAAUAUCUUCGAAGGAUGUCCUUUCGAAACUCAACUUCAGGAAUUCGUUCAAGCGAAACAGCUUCUCAAUCUAAGUAUUCGCGAUGAUGAGCUUCGAGAAGAAUGCUGUAUGAUCGUUGGACGUCUUGAAGAAGUCUCAGCUACGCCAUCGGACUUUAUCGCGAAUUGGUUGAUCAAGAUUAUACACUCACCUGGCGAUUGGUUACUUCCGUUCCGACAACGGACGGGUAUUGAGUUAAUCGGUCUAUCGGAGGGUUUGAAUCUUAAUGCCAUGAUUCAAGACUACACACGUCUUGAACAGGAAUUAAGUUCAUACCUAACCAUGCAACGCGUAAUCGGUCUCGAACCAACAGAUGAAGAACUACGUCAUCAAGCAAGGGUUAUAAUCCAUGGGACAGAUUCUCUAAUGAACCACACUGCCGCUGACGACGAUUACUGGCUCGCUGCUUUUCGACAACGACAUUCCAGCAAUCCAGAGACCUUUCCUUCGGAGACGUGGAAUACACCCCUAAGGCCGGAUCCGCACAUUCUUGCUGCUAGGAGUUUAGUGCUCAAGACUAGUACUGCGUUUUUGAACGAUCAUAAUUAUUGGAGGUGGUUUACGCAGGAGUUACGGAGGUGGAUUGCUGGUAUUAUGUCGCCGCAUAAUCCGGCCAGUAGGGUUCCUAGUGAUGAGGAGAUUCAGCAUUAUGCUAGGUGGAUCAGUUAUAAUGAUGAUGAUCCGUUUAAUCAGACUAUUGCUGAGAAUAAGGAUUGGUUGGAGGCUUUUAAAAGGGAUGUUGGGAUUGAUAAGGCGCAGGGUCAGAGUCAGAUUGGUCAACAGAUGGGCCAAUAA